AUGGCGGGCGGAAGAGCCACUACCCUGUUGGUAUUCUUUGUCGUCGGCCAUAAAACAGAGGGCGUGGAGGAGCCAUGCGUUUCCAUGCGGAAGGCCCAGGCUGCACGGGUCCUCCAGGAAUUCCGCCUCUCUUUGAAGGGAGCCGGAUCUGUGGAUCAGCACUUGAGAGCCGUGUUUGCACGAUCCAAAGGCUCCUGCGGGGGCGGCCGGCUGCUCGACGAGGUGGUGAAAGCAAGUCGGACUUUUCUCAAAAGCCUGGGAUCCUUGGGACGAAGAGAGCGGGGACCCUGGUGUAGCCACAACUUCGACCUCGUGUGGUGGGAGGCCCAGAACCUCACUGGAUCCUUGUUUCGACCGUGGUCAUAUCACAUCCCGUUCAAGAGGGCCCUGAAGCAGGCAAUUGCUGCAAUGAAUGCCUGCGGGCUUCAGAGAAGGUUCGUCCCUUCCGAGGGCACCCUGAUCGCCUUGCUCAGAUACGGGAAGCUUGCUUUUGAUCUUGGCGGGGUCGUUGACCACGUGGACAAGGACAUUGACAUGAAGAUCUUCGUCCGGUCGCAGGCGGAGUUUUUGCUGAAACUUGAGUGCAUCGUUUCUUACCUCCAGGGCCGCAGCGGAAAAGGCUGGAGCUGGGCAUGCUCUCCUCCCAACUAUGGCACGACGCUUCCCGAAGACAACGGUGAGCCCUGGUUCUUUUCAUGUGUCCUUGCGCGAAGGGAUGGUGGUCUGGAGACUUUUGGAAGCAGCGUGGAUGUCGGUUUCGCGCGAUUCUUCAUAGCAGGAGAUUCACUCAGGAUGGCAUUGAAUUGCAGCAAGAAUUCCUACUGCCAGAAGCUUCGGCAAGAGGCAGGUUCCGUAAAGGAGUUCCUGCUACCAUUGGGGAAGUGCAAGGCCUACGACACUGAGCUGCCUUGUCCAAAGUCGCCUGUGUCCAUGAUGCAACGCAGCCAGGAACACACCAAUGAUUUUAAGGGUCAUAUAGCCUUGCCAGCUGUUGCUGUGGAACGGUGCUCGUUUCACUCGGGCACCGCACGCCUUCUGCAACGUGGCCUCGAACUGCGCCAGAUGCUCUCACUGCGCGAAGAAGCGCACAAACUCCAUCACGGAGGCUGGGCAUCUUUCUACGACUUCUGGUUCUAUCCCGACGGGCGAAUGAGGCCUUUGCCCACGGAGCGGAUCUCUGCUGACAUGCGCUCGGGUGGCGAAGGUCGCUUUUCACGCUCCGUCCCUGUGUCGGACCCGGUGCACUCGUUUAUGACCAGAUUUCGGGGCUUAGCCCAGGUGUUCGCAUUUUCAGGUCUUGUGCAACCCAAAGGAAGGGAUCAGGCAUAUGUCAACGGCGUGGCAUAUGCAAGUGGUUUGGCAGACGCCGGUGUAUCGGUCGAGUGGAUUCUUUAUUAUAGGCCACUUGUAAGGCAUGCAGCACAAGCCAUAUUGCAACUGACCAAAUCGCCCUUACAUUUGGCUGCAUUGUGGGAGUUGAAGCCGAUGGAGGUCUGCGCUGCAUACUUUGUGGAUGCAGCCCUUCGCUGUGAUGCCACCUCUGCUCGUCGACAGGACCACUCCUACGUGGAGAGCAUAUGCAAAGGCUGGGCAAAGCAAGAAGCCGACGUCCUCAGCAACAGCUCGGCAGCUCGCGACCGUUCCUUCCUUCAGCUCCUUUGGAUUCUCACAAAUGCAUGCAAGGGCUUGCCGUCAAUCCGGCAGAGGGGCAGCCAGAACGACAGCCGGCUGAGCCCCUUCAACGACUGGCUCCAGUCCUUCCACACUUUGCACAGUGAAACCGGAAACAACGACGCGACGCAUCACUUCUUUCCUGGGGCGACACCGGCAGAGGGCGCUCAGCCGCAGCCGACGGCGGUGCUUGAGGACGCUGAGGAGGCGCCCAAUGUCACCCCGGACGCGCCCCUGCAGAUCGAUCCAGAUGUUCUGUACAGAGCGCAUCAAAUUUUCAUGAUCUUGACCUCAUCGGGAGUCGUCGCUCCUGCUGGUACGCCCGAGCAAGGAAGCAUUUUGCGCGAGGAGGCCAUCGUACAGUUUGUGGCCCGGCACCGGCGCUUGGCCGAGCUCCGCGGCUUUACGGCAGCCUUGCCGAAGAUCGUCUUCCACUGGACCCAGGAGAAGAAUUUCGCAAGCAUCGCACGGGAAGGCUUGCGGGUCCCUGACGGAGCAGGAGUUGCCAUCGCACAUGGCAGUUCUUUUGGAAAUGGUAUUUACGUUUCACCCGAGUUUCGAUAUGGAAAGGAGCUCUUCGCCUAUGGCGCGCGGGCUGCUUUCAUGUGCCUGGCGUUGCCUGGCAAGCAGCACUUCGGCAAGCCUCCUGCAGACGGCACUGGAUUUCUGUCCCCUGAAGACGAUGGCUACGACAGCGUCAUCGGGCGCGAAGGCCAAAGGGGCAUUGACGAGUGGGUGUUUUUCCGCCAAGACCAGCUGCUGCUGUGCUUCCUGGUUGACGAGCUCGGCCUGGUUGUGGCCAAGGAGGCCGCCUUUGCCGCGAUCAAGGUUCUGCAUCAGCCGUGGCCACAGCCUCCGGAAAAGAUUUCGCAGUUGCCGGCACCGGUGCAGGAGAUACAGGCUGGCCGGUGGCAGCGCCGUCAUGCCCUAGAUGCCGGGGCACCCACCGAUGAGGCC